AUGUUUUCCAGAAUUGCACUUGUCCUAUCCUUUCAAGUUUUCCUUUGCACUCUGAAGUUCCAACCCUCAGAAGCUCAAUCAUGGUUCAAAAUUGGUUACUGGUACUAUGGCAGUGAAUCUCCCAUAUCAGAUAUAAACUCUGCCCUCUAUACUCACCUGAUAUGCGCUUUUGCUGAUGUGAACACUUCCUCCUUUGAGCUCUCUGUGUCCUCAUCAAAUGAGCAUCACUUUUCUACUUUCACAAACACUCUCAAACUCAAGAACCCAUCCAUCACUACACUUCUCUCCAUUGGUGGCUACCAAAACUGGACUUCCAUCCAAUCCAUGAUUACCAAUGUUUCUUCAAGGAAACCCUUCAUUCAAUCUUCAAUAAGAAUGGCUAGGCUUUAUGGAUUUCAGGGCCUGGACUUGUUCUGGACUUCCAUUCAGACAAGUUCUGAUGCUGACAAUUUGGGACAACUUUUCCAAGAAUGGAGAGCUGCUGCAAAAUCUGAAGCAGAAACAAACUCUACACUUCAAGAAUUGAUCUUGACUGCAGUUGUUCGAGCUUCACCUGAUUUGUACCCACUUGAGUCAAUCAAAAGUAACUUGAAUUGGAUACAUGUUAAUGCAUAUGAUUAUCACACACCCUGGAAACAAAACUUCACUGGUGCACCUUCAGCUUUAUAUGACCCUGAAGGGUUUAUCACCUAG